AUGCAGAAGCUGAAGACCCUGCUGGUUGCGAAUCGGGGAGAGAUCGCGGUCCGGAUAUGCAAGACAGCUCGCAAACUCGGCGUCAAGACCAUCUCCAUCUACACGGGCGCUGAUGCCGCGUCGGCGCACGUUGGCGCUGCGGACGAGGCCGUCCUUCUCUCGGGCCCAGACGCAAAGGGCUACAUCGACGGCGAGCAGAUCGUGGAGAUCGCCAAAUCGAAGGGAGCAGACGCCGUGAUUCCAGGCUAUGGCUUUCUUUCCGAGAACACGGACUUCGCCCAACAGGUCUCUGAGGCGGGGAUGGUAUUCGUGGGGCCGAGUUCCAAGUGCAUCGACGACUUCGGGAUCAAGCACACGGCCCGCGAGCUCGCCGCCAAAGCAGACGUCCCGAUCGUGCCUGGCACGAGAGGUCUAGUCCAGUCGGAGGAUGAGGCCGUCGAGGAAGCGAAGAAAUUGGGAUUUCCGGUCAUGUUGAAGGCAACAGCAGGAGGGGGCGGGAUGGGCCUGUUGACAUGCAACAACGAGGAGGAAGUCCGACAAUCGUUCAAAACGGUGCAGUCUCGGGGCGAGACCCUGUUCAAGAACUCUGGUCUGUUCAUUGAGAAGUUCUUCCCCUCGUCCCAUCACAUCGAGGUCCAAGUCUUUGGCAACGGCCAGGGCCAGGCGAUCCAUUUCGGCGAGCGCGAAUGCUCGAUCCAGCGUCGACACCAGAAGGUAGUAGAAGAGUGCCCGAGUCCUUUUGUCGUCGAACGUCCCGAGCUGCGCGCAAAGCUGGGGGACGCGGCUGUCCGGUUGGCCGAGUCCAUCAGGUACGGCUCCGCCGGGACCAUUGAAUACCUUGUCGACGACGAGUCCGGAGAUUUCUUCUUCUUGGAGAUGAACACGCGGUUACAGGUCGAGCACGGCAUCACGGAGAUGUGCUACGGCGUCGACCUGGUCGAGCUGAUGCUGAAGCAAGCCGACGCACAGCUUUCUGGCUCAGGCGGGCUUGACGGUGAGUAUCUGCGGAAUUUACAGCCCAAGGGUCCGUCCGGCGCGGCGAUCGAAGUGCGCGUAUAUGCCGAGAAUCCAGCCAAGGACUACGCACCCUCGCCGGGCACGUUGCAGCACGUCUCUUGGAAGGAAGUGCCGGGUUCUCGUAUCGACGGGUGGAUCCACACCGGCACGAAAGUGACUUCGUUCUACGAUCCCCUGCUAGCAAAGGUCAUGGUGCACGCAUCAGAGAGGACCGAAGCCAUCCAGUUGAUGGCCGAAAUGCUGGAUGGGUCGAAGAUCUUCGGACCACCCACGAACAUGGACUUUCUCGCGAGCAUCCUGAAGGACGAGACCUUCAAGUCCGGCAGGACGAUGACCAAAUUCUUGGAUUCCUUCAAUUAUCAGCCUUCUGCAAUAGACGUCCUCCAAGGCGGGGCAUACACUCUGGUGGAAGAUUGGCCUGGGCGCCCUACCGUUGGGAAAGGGUUCUCCCAUUCAGGACCCAUGGAUCCACUUGCAUUCCGGAUAGCGAACGCUCUGGUGGGAAAUCCUCCGGGCAAGGAAGGCAUGGAGAUAACCCUGAGCGGACCGGAUCUGAAGUUUCUGGGCGCGGCAAUUAUUGCCAUCUGCGGAGCCCCCAUGGAAGUCAAAUUGGACGGCAAGGAUAUGCCCAUGUGGACGCGGCUGAAGAUCGAAGCCGGGCAGCGAUUGACCAUCGGUAAAACAACUGGUGGAGGCUGCAGAUCGUACCUUGCGAUCCAUGGAGGACUGCCCAGCAUCGCGACGUGGUUCGGGUCCAAGUCGACGGCCCCUAUGACCGGCGUCGGUGGCUACCAAGGAAGGGCCCUCGCUGCGGGCGACCUUCUGGCCAUUGCGAAAAACCUCCCCAAAAUCAGUGGCGAGUUGAAGCUGCCCGACGAUUUGAUUCCAUCGUACCCUACGGAAUGGGACCUGUUCGCCAUGCCCGGUCCGUACGACGAAGGCUUCAUCACCACCGAAUCCAUCGAGGAAUUCUACAACACCACCUGGACAAUCUCGCACAAUGCUGCGCGAGGAGGCAUACGCCUUAUAGGCACGAAACCCAAAUGGGCGAGGCCUGAUGGUGGCGAAGGCGGCGCUCAUCCUAGCAACGUGAUCGAAUACGGCUACCCCGUUGGGACGGUGAAUUGGACAGGGGACGAUCCGUGCUUGUUCCCUAUCGAUGCUCCUGACUUUGGUGGCUUUGUCUCGGCGACCACAAUCAUCAAAGCCGACUACUGGCGCUUGGGGCAGAUGAAGGCUGGCAACAAGUUGAGGUUCCAGCGAGUGUCCUACCAGGACGCCAUGGCCAAGCGAAAAGAGGUUGAAAGCUUCCUCGGCGCCGUCCACGAUUGCUGUAAUGGGAAAUCGAAGUUCGAGGAAGUGGCUCCGUUGAAAUAUGACGAGUUCCCCAGCUCGGUGCACAGUAAGGGCUGGGAGCCUGCCAUCAUCCAUCAAAUCCACGAAGACUCGGCAAAGCACCAACCUCUCGUCUCGUACAGGCAGGGUGCUGAUGAUUUUAUCCUGAUCGAUUAUGGCCACGGCUCAUUCGAUCUCAAUUAUCGAUGCCGUGCGGUUGCGCUAUAUCGUAAGCUUCGAGAGUCGACUGGGGAGAUCUCGUUCUCGAAUGGCGCACUCCAUACCGGCAUGGCGUGCGGCAACUCGCUCAUGCUGUACUAUGAUUCCACAAAGGUGCCCCGCCAGACCAUGCUGGAUUAUUUGCUGCAGCUGGAGACUGAACUGGGCGACCUGAGUGAAGCCAAGUUUCCGAGCCGUAAGUACAAACUCCCGAUUACUUUCGAGAGCAAGAGGCAGAAGGAGAGCUUGCAGAGAUAUAUGGAGACGCAGCGGCCGUACGCCUCAUAUCUCCCUGACCCGAUGGAAUUUGUGGCCAAGAAUAAUGCCUUUUCCAUGCACCAGCUUCGUGACAUCUACACCAAGUCCUCGCUGAUGGUGGUCGCCGUCGGCUUCUUCGUCGCUCUGCCAAUCGCUCUGCCUAUUGAUCCUCGGCAGCGCAUUCAGUGCCCGAAGAUGAAUCCCUCUCGUGUGCAUACUCCGGAGGGCCAAGUGGGGUGGGGAGGCUCCUGCAUGGCAUUGUACAACGUCGAAUCUCCGGGCGGGUACAUGAACACGGGUCUCUCUAUCCCGGGUGCGGACAUUCUUGGCUAUAAGAAGGGUUAUAAUUCCGAGCGACCGUGGCUCUUCGAGGACUUUGACCAGAUCACCUUCUAUGAGGUCACCGAGGACGAAUACGAAGCCAUGAUGGCGGUCUUUCGUAGUGGCCGGUACGAGUAUCAGUACGAGGACACCGAGUUUGACAUGAAGGAACAUAACAAGCUGUUGAGAGACACAAAGGACGAGGUCGAGCAAAUCCGGGCCAAACAGCGGAAAGCCCAGGCUGAAAUGGACAAGCUGGAGAAGGAACUUCUCGAGAAAUGGAACAAAGAGAAAGAAGCUGGCAAGAUCAGUAUGGAUACCGUUGAAGAGUUGAUGAAUGAUCCGAAUAUCAUUGCUGUGGAAGCACCCUUGAAUGCCAACGUGUGGAAGGUGGAAGUCAAGGAAGGUGAUGCCGUCAGACUCGAGCAGGUCGUUUCCAUCUUGGAGGCCAUGAAGUUGGAAAUUCCUGUCAAAGCCGAACAAAGUAUGGACGGCGCAACUGUGGAGAAACUUCUCGUCAAGCCGAACGAUGUGGUCUCAGCAGGGAAGCCGCUCAUGCUUCUUCGCCGACCUGGGACAAAGGCAUGA